AUGGGCCCAAACGGUCUUUCAUCCUUACAACUACCUCCCAUCCCAUCACAAGCAAUUGCUUUUUCCAGCGCUAGCUUGUCUUCCAAACCUCUCAAGCGUGUGCAGUAUACCUCCACGCCCACCCACCCACACCAUCAUACCUCUCCUCUCUCCCCAAGCGGCACCUGUACCACCACAAGCAUGAACGGACAGGCCGCCGCCAUCACCCCCCUCGGCAUCCGACGGGCCUUCGAGGCGGGCAUUGUCAACCUCCGGGCUAGCAUCGACCGACUUGAUGCAAUGGCCAACAACCCCCCCUUCAACCCCGCCGAGUUCGAGGCUCUGAGCGAGCAAAUCUUGGACACCAAGAUUGAGUUCGCGAAGCAGAUCCGCCGCUGGCGCAACCGCCGGGACGCCGUCAUCCUGGCCAACCUGUACGGCCGGCUCAUCGGGGCCAUGCCCGAUGACGAUGGAGUUAUCCCCUAA